GCCCUGAAGAUGAGACGUUCUAUGGAGGUCGGGUCACUCAGAGAGCAGAGAGAGGCCAACAAGAUUUUACCAAGUGCUUCCAUACGUUAGCUGAUCGUACACUCAUUUAGUACAGGUCACGAUCGGACCAUUAGGGAAACACCCCAAAGAUCAGUCGUGACUCGGAUUGUACAGUCAAAAUCCAAGUGAUCGAUCUUUCCUGAAAGCUUUCCGCUGCGGGCCAACUUCUUGGCUUUUGAAAUUGCCAACUUCCUGGAAUCAUUACAGAAAUUCCUCUUUGGCUCCCCAAGCAUAAUUUGGACAUUUCGCUUGCCUGCCUAACUGAAUGGAGAAACUGACAUCCCUUUGGAACUCGACUACUCGCGUCUUCUUUGCUUCCACCACAAGAUCGCCACCCACUUGGCCACCAUCGGAAUAACCAAUAUCCCAUCCAUCCACUCACCCCUUCUCUCACCUGGGCUGUUCUUGCUUGGUUAUUGUGACACCUCCGAAAAGCAGAUCGUAAUGGAUUGGCUGUCGAAGGUAAGCCAGGCAGGCCUUUCACUCAUAUAAUGUACAAGACUGGAUAGACCCACUGCCCGCUCUGGCACCUAUAAAAGCUUUUCCGCGUGGGAGAGCCUCCUCAUUACCCUCUCAGCAAGUCACUCUAACGUAACCAUGAAGUACUUCAUUAUCUUCUUUACCGUUUUGGCUAUCGCCGCUUCGGAACAAACCAAGACUAACGAGGUCACCCCCACUGAGACGGUUGAGAACACUCCCGUCACCGGGACUAAUCCCGUGACUGUGGAUACUUCCAACUUGGGUGAUUCAGUCCAAGCAUUUGUUGAUUCUCGCCAGGUCUACGCCAGUCCGCAUUUGCCUGUUGUUCCCGUUUAUUUCCGUCAACUACCGGUUCAAAACCCGGUCCAAGCCGUUCCACAUCAAGUUCAACCCGUGCAACAGCCCGUUGUUCAAUACGUGCCUGUGGCCAUGGUAAUGCAGGACUCUGGACGGAUCAUUCCCUUUGGAGGAGGCGUGUCGGGCAAUGUCGGACCUUUAGGAGCAAGCGCCGGACUUGGUUAUACUCAGAACAAUGGAUUCGGAGCAGGAUUUGACUUUGGAUUGGGAAACAAGUACACCACUUAUGGAGCACAGCCGACGUACCAAACCUAUUACAACCCUCAACCUGUUUUUACUAACAACCCUCAACCAAUUUAUACCACAAACACCCCUCAGACCACUUAUACGACCAUCCCACAAUCUGCUACUACCUCAAGUUAUCAUUAUGGGUAUGGGAGAGCUUUGGAUUCCGUCAAUGCGCCCGCUGUCCAGUACAAGGCUCAUAAGCAACCUGUGGCUGUCCCAUAUUUCUACCGAGCUUAGAAAUUGAUGGCCUUGGCAAAAAACGGAUCUACCUCAACCUUGAGCAUUAUUGCAACAUUAUCGGUAUUACUUUCGCACGCUAUUUGUUUGUAAGGUAAAAUGUUUUGAAUAAUAAAAAGACUUGCAACAAA